AUGGCGGGGCCGGGCGGCGCGGUGCGGGGUCGCUUCGCCGUGGUGGGCGGCGGCAUCGCGGGGGUCACCUGCGCCGAGAAGCUGGCUGCAGAAUUCCCAUCAGAAGACAUUUUUUUAGUGACAGCCUCCCCAGUUAUCAAAGCUGUAACUAAUUUCAAGCAGGUCUCCAAAACACUUGAGGAAUUUGAUGUUGAAGAGCAGCCAAGUUCCCUAUUAGAAAAACGAUAUCCCAAUAUUAGAGUUAUACAGUCUGGAGUGAAACAGUUGAAAAGUGAUGAACAUAAAAUUUACACUGAAGAUGGGAAAGAAUACAUCUAUGAAAAGCUUUGUCUGUGUGCUGGAGCCAAACCAAAAUUAAUUGUCGAAGGGAACCCAUAUGUGUUAGGAAUCCGGGACACUGACAGUGCACAGGCUUUUCAGAAGAAUUUGGCUCAAGCUGAGAGAAUAGUGGUGGUAGGAAACGGUGGGAUUGCCCUUGAAUUAGUGUAUGAAGUUCAAGGCUGUGAAGUAAUCUGGGCUAUCAAAGACAAAGCCAUUGGGAACACUUUCUUUGAUGCAGGAGCAGCUGAAUUCCUCCUUCCCAAGCUCACUGCUGAAAGCCAAGAGAGUCCCAUCGAGUGUAAAAGAACCAAGUACACAGUGGAAGGAAGUGAGGAGAAAGGAGGACCUCCAGGAGCAUCUGACAAGCUGGGCAGUGCCUUGGGCCCUGACUGGCACGAGGGUUUACACCUUAAAGGCACUAAGGAGUUUUCUCACAAAGUACAUAUUGAAAUACUGUGUGAAGUAAAGAAAAUACUCUUACAGCAAGAAUUUAUCCAACUGCAGCAGACUUCCUUGACUUUUCCUAAAGGAGAGAAAAAUGUAGAAGCAGAUGAGGUGCUGUGGCCUGUAUAUGUGGAAUUAACUAAUGGAAAAAUUUAUGGAUGCAAUUUCAUUGUCAGUGCAACUGGAGUUGUGCCAAAUGUUGAACCAUUUCUUGAUGGCAAUAAUUUUGCUGUGGGAGAGGAUGGAGGACUGAAGGUGGACAAGCACAUGCACACGUCUCUGCCAGAUGUGUUUGCAGCUGGAGAUAUCUGCACAGCAGCCUGGGAGCCCAGCCCUGUGUGGCACCAGAUGAGGCUGUGGACCCAGGCUCGGCAGAUGGGAUGGUAUGCAGCAAAGUGCAUGGCAGCAGAAGCUUUAGGGGAGUCUAUUGAUAUGGAUUUCAGCUUUGAACUAUUUGCUCACAUUACCAAAUUUUUCAAUUACAAGGUGGUGGUUUUGGGGAAGUACAACGCUCAGGGCCUGGGCUCAGAGCACGAGCUGAUGCUGAGGUGUACCAAGGGCCACGAGUACGUCAAAGUGGUGAUGCAGAACGGCCGAAUGAUGGGAGCUGUGCUCAUCGGUGAAACGGACUUGGAAGAAACCUUUGAAAACUUAAUUUUAAAUCAAAUGGAUCUUUCAGCCUAUGGUGAAGAUCUCCUAAAUCCAGAUAUUGACAUAGAAGAUUAUUUUGAUUGAACAAUGCCCCAUUCCCAUUUUGUAUGAAGCUUUGAGAGACAGUCAUACAUCUUAGAAAACUGUUUUCUCAGGACUGAGGAUAAAUGCAAUCCUCAAUUAAGAUUUUGGGUUGAUCUUGCUAAAAUACUGACUGGUUACUGCCACAGGUACCAGCUAAUGGUGCAAUCUCUGUUGUGCUGGCUCAUAUGAACAGAGAACAGUUUCAGGGCACAGGCUGCUCAGAGCUCUUGCUACCUGGAAUGCAGGUUGCAAAUACAUGGCUUUACUCCAUUUUUUUUCCUUUUUCUUUUCCCCCAUAAGUUUACUUCUGAAAUAAAUGUAUUUUCUACUCAGUUAAGUACAGAACACAGGCUUUGCAUAAUGAAAGCCAGGAUGGUAUGUCAGUUGAGAGCAGCCUUUGAGCUGUUUGUCCCUUCAGCUGCCCAGGUGUUGGGGUGGAGCUGCACUGUACUGGAUAGUGCCAGCCCUGGACAGCAGUUGUUUCAUCCUGGCUUUUGAUUUUAUUCUACAGUUGCUGCCUGAGAGUUCCUAUUUAUUUUGGAUCAAAUUUGGGACAAUUUAUUGUACUCAAUACAAAGCUGGCAGUACAUAUUGAGACUUGUCCCAGACAAAUCACUUAAUUUUUUUUAGGAGAAUGACUGUUUUUAACUAAAUUUUCAAUUUUUGGUGAAGGUCUCAGCUAAAGGAUGGGUGAAGGACUAUAGAUUUUUUUCUCUGUCACAAUUUUACCAGAAAAAUAAAGAUGAAGAGCAUGUUGUUAAUGAUAUUAUUUUUAUAUUUGUUAUAAAUGUAAGGGAGAAGAACUAAAGUGCAACCACCCAGAACUUGCAUUUAUUCAUGAAACUGAACAUGCCUUUCUGAUCUUUGACUGUUAAGAUGUUAAAAGUAAGAAAACAAAAUUGAAUCUAGCAGUCAGCAUAUGUGCCUGAGAAUGCUUGCAGUAGCUGUUGAGUGUUGCCUAGGCUGGCAGGUUGUCUUGUUUGUAAACUUCAAUUGAGGUACUUCUGCCAAGCACAGAAGUCAUAAAUUCCUAGUUGAAUAACAACCCAGAGAAGUCCAAUUUGAAGAGCAACAGCCAUAUUUCAAAAGAAUAAAUACACAUAAUCACUCAUAAAUACAUACAGUAUUUCACUGCCACGUGCCACAGUGGGUGUAGGGACACAUGUCCCGACUCAGAACUGCAGAGGUGGCAGUGCCCACGUGGGCUGGAGCAGCCUGCCCUGGCACAGCAGCAGCUCUGAGCCAGCCAGGGCUCCAGGGGAAGGGUGCUGGAGCAUCCCUGUCUCCAGCUGUCUGAUGUCACUCCCUGGGGCUGGUGACAGCAGUGCCCUGGCUGCAGUGGGGUCAGUGGUGAAGAGGGGAGUCACCUGCACAGCAGGCAGGAGAACAGGAGGGGACAGGGUCUUCAUGCUGAGCUAAGACCACCAAGUCCUGUGCUGCAAAGGAGAGAAACCUCAAGAGGACUCUCAGGGGAGCAGUGGGUGGAGUCUCCCACAGGAAGGAAGCCUGGAAAUCUCUGCACCUCUAUCAGUCCUUUCCAGACUGCAUGAACCUGCCACAGUGUUACUAUAUACUACACUUGCAAAAGAGUUAAAAAGGCCACAUGGUCAUUAUAGAGAUUUUGUAAUUGUUGCUGUAUCCUAAGAUAUGCGCCAAUUAUUUUGACAAGAAACAUGCUUUCCUCUUCUAUUAGCCUUCUAGAUUUGACACUUUUUAAAGAUAUUUGUUCCCUGUUCAGUGUUUAUUAAAUAAAAAUAAAAACACCAAUACUAAAGUACAAACUGAA